AUCACAGUACGAUACAAUGCGAUAAAUGCUUUAUCCAACUUUUAUGCAAAUGAAGCCUCUUUUGUUGCCCUAAGAUGAAACAUGUUUAUCGUCUGACUGGAAACCCACAAUAUUUGGUUACUAAUAUUUUAAUUAAGGAUUAAUUCGACGAAUUUCAAUUACAGUUUUCGAAAAAUGGCGUGAUUUAAUUGUUCAUUACACUAAAAAACUUAAAUAUUUGAGAAAUCAACCAACUUAUUCGCCUGAUUAUGUUUAUCUGCACCUUAAGGAACCAAUUGAUGUAACCUGUUUGAGCACAUUGUUUCCAAAUUUAAGGAUUGUCGAAUUUUCAUAUCCACUUUUUGGAAAAGCACCAAUCGAAGAUAUGGCUGAACUAAUCAGACAUUCUGAAUCUUUGAAAGGAAUAAUCUUUGAUUCCAUCCGGAUUGAUUGCCGUCUGGAAUUCGAAUUGAUGCCGUGGAACGCUAACCUUGAAAUGUUAUCUAUCGGAUAUAUUGAUCCAGACAUAAGUGGAGUCUAUGAAAAUGUGAAACAAUUGCACCUUUGCAACUCUACUCUAGAAAAAUUCAAAGAAGUGGCACAUUGUUUUCCAAAUCUUGAAAGGCUACGAAUUUAUUCUCGAGAAGGCUUAUCAGAACAAUACUCUGAUGCUCCAGUACUGGCGAAUCUUAAAAUAUUUGAAAUGCGUUUGCCUCUUAUUAAUAAGGAAGACACUUGCUGUCCAUUUGUAUUCAUGGAUUCGUGCCCAGCAUUACAGAGUGCUCAUAUCAGAAUUGAUUACAGUCACUUUGCUUUCCAUCGUAUGAUAAAAUGUGCAAACUUACGAGAUUUAGUUAUACAGUUUUAUCAACCAGUCGAAUGGAAUAAACUACGAAAACUAAUGUCAAAAUAUCCAAAUCUGAAGCAUUUGGCAUUACGAUAUACCUCUUUAAAAGACGAGCUCAUCAAGGAAUUAAUAAGUAUUUUGCCAAAACUGACACUACUUGAUAUUCGUGGAUCUUUUGGAGUCACUCGAAGAGCUGAUAAUUAUGUUCGGGACUAUUGUAAGCGGUAUGGCCGAUCAAUUAAGUUUUAUACCGAUGCAGAAGACAAACAAAUUGAAUCUGAUUGGCCGCAGUCAUUAAAUCGACCAAAAAAAAUCUGUCGUGGAUUUGAUUUCAUGGAACAUUGUUUUUUCAAAGAUUUUGGUUUAUUGCCUAAUUUUUUGGAUCCAAUAGAUGAUUGAAAAUGAA